UAAAGAUUUGGGUGUACCGGGACCAACACCUCACCCCAUCUAUGGAAAUCUGCUUGAAAUCCUGGAAAUGGGCAGUUUGGAAGCAACAGAAAAAUGGGCCACCAAAUAUGGCGAUAUCGCUGGAUUCUUUGAUGGCUUCAGACCCGUGAUGAUCAUACGUGACCCCGAAUUGCUCAGGCAAAUAUUUAUCAGAAACUUCGAGAACUUCUCGGCAAGACAGCAAUACGUCGAGAUGUCCAGUGGCAUUCCAGUCAACGACGAGAAACUCUCGAGGCUUUACGGUCGCAGAUGGCGGGAAUUGAGGACGCUCAUAUCGCCGGCCUUCAACUCAAGCAAGCUGAAGCGGGCAUUUCCGAUGAUGAACGAAUGCACUGAUGAGUUUCUGGAGAUACUGGACAAGACCGUAGGGGACCGCAAAGGGGUAGAUAUCAGCAUACGCUUCUGCAGGCUUUCUACGGAGAUCCUCUUGCGUUUCACGAUGGGGACUGGGCUAGGUUUUCAGGCGGCUUCCGAACAAUCCGAGCGCCUUCUGCAUGGUGUCCGGGCCGCUAUUAGACGGCCUGCCUUCAACUGGAUUCUGUAUUCGAACGCCAUUCCGUUAUGGCUCUGGAUCAAAAAAUUGUUCUUCAUUGUGCAAGGAUACCUAAUCGUGAGAAAUACCAGCAUCCAUCAUAGACACAUCGCAGGGCUGGUGCGCCUACGUAAAGAGAAAAAACAGGGACGGUCCCCUUCACAAUUGGUAAGGUUGGCGCAAGCUGGUGGCACAGGUAUUCCCCAAGCUGACCUCAAUCGCACAUCACACGAGGCAGAUACAAUCAAGACGAUAGGCUCGAACCAAGACGAUAAUCAAGACGAUAGGUGA